UAGCAUUCGUUACUCUUCUUCUACCUCUCUACUGUCGCUUUUCUGCAGUUAUGUGCAAUUACACCUACUCCCACACUGUUGUGAUACACUUUUUUGAAAAUGGAGUUUGGAAAUACGAAGCGGAUUAAAUAUUCAGAACAUAAAACUACUACAGAAAAAGUAACUUCCUCUCCUCUCCGGUUACCGCACGGUGCGGUUCUCUCCAGUUCGCCGCGUUUGGUGAGGAUAACUGUAACCGACGGCGACGCCACCGACUCCUCCGGCGACGACUGCGGCGAGCUCCGCCGCGUCCGGAAGCACGUGAACGAGAUUCGAAUAAUGGAGGAGAGCGAUGGAAGUCUUACGAGGAGGAAGGAGAAGAGAUUUCGAGGCGUACGGCGGCGGCCGUGGGGAAAAUGGGCAGCGGAGAUUCGCGAUCCGGCGCGGCGGGAGAGAGUGUGGUUGGGGACGUACGACACGGCGGAGGAGGCGGCGAUGGUGUACGAUAGAGCUGCGAUUCGACUCCGCGGCGCCGACGCUAUGACUAAUUUUAAAAAGCCGCCGCUGGAGACGGCGACGGAGGAGGAGACGGCGGCGACGGCGGAGGAGGAGGUGUGCGAGAACCGCCUCCCGUCGCCGACCUCUGUUUUGAGGGGAAAUGAAGCGGCAAAAGGGACGGUGGGAGAUGAGGGUGGAUUGUACGUGGACGAUUGCCUGCCGUUGGAUGAGUGUUUCUUGAACGACUAUUUUGACUUUAGGGCGCCAUCGCCGUUGGAUUACUGCGACCCGAUCAGUGCGCCCCCAGUUGAAGAUGAUGAAAUCGUAGCCGUCGAUUUGAAAGAUGAUCUCGUACCGUUUGCUUGGGAUGUUGAUGAUUUCUUGGUGCCAUAGAAGAAUAGGUAAUUUAGUAUAUUAGUAUUAUUAUUAUUAUUAUUAUUAUUAAUUUCUAUCGGUUAAGUGUAUAUAUAUUUGUUGCCUCUAUUAAUUUAAAAUAUGUCUGUAUAUGUAUCAAUGGGAACAAUAAGCACCAUGUUCGAUUUUUUUUAUUCACAAUAUAUAAGAUAUAGAUUCAUUAUAAUUGU